CCCAGUGAGCCAAGCCAAUAUCCGCAUCAUUAUAAAUGAAACUUCCAUUAAAACUCGAUAGAUAAAAUAGAAAGAACCAACAAAAAAGAAAUUAAGAAUUUAGAACAAUAUUCUCUUCGAGCAUGUAUGGUACGGAAGCACCGAUGAUUAGCCUCUAUAUGCUAAUAUUUUUGCUGCUUCAGUUGUCGUUCCGGAUGCCACUGGUGAUUUCAUACAAUCCUGUCGAUAAAUUGGCAGUCAGCUGCGGCUACUCCGGUAACGCAAACCAGCGUGGUCGGAAUUGGGUUGGUGACAUUGACUCCAAACUAUUUUCUACCAUUGAGCCACAAAAUGUGCAACCAUCCAUAAUUAAGGCUCUUACCACCCCGCCCUCAGUUGAUGUGGUUCCGUAUGACUUCACUUCUAUCCAACAACUUAUGACAACUUUGAGAUUUACAACUCCCUUUUCUCUGUUACAGCAGAUAACUUCACCCUUCUCAAAGACUUCAACGCUUCACUUUGGCUUCGCGACGGCGAAGACACCGUCUCCAAAGAAUACUUGAUAAAUGUUGAAGCAGGUCAGAGGUUAAACCUAACCUUUGUUCCCAGCACCAAGCAGCACCAAGAUGCCUAUGCUUUCAUCAACGGGAUCGAGGUGGUGUCUAUGCCUCCCUUCCUCUAUUACAGCGACCCUAAUAGUACUGAUCAAUCCGAUAAUGGGAUUCACCUUGUUGGCUAUGCCUACUCAUCACCAUACCAACUUGAACUUAGCAGAGCUCUUGAGACACUUUACAGAGUUAACGUUGGCGGAAGACCGAUUCCUCCAGAACAGGAUACAGGUAUGUUCAGGAAUUGGGAAUCUGAUGAUGAUCGUUACUUGGUGACCCACCGUCCGCGUAGCCAAUCUGCUGGCUUUGGCCUUCACGUAAACCUCAAGAAUAACACCAUUCCUGAUUACACUGCACCAGAAGAGUUAUACUUAACUUCCCGAAGCUACGGGAUGAACGCAACUGAAAACUACAACGUGACUUGGCUCUUCGAUGUAGAUUCGAAAUUCACGUACAUGGUGAGGUUGCAUUUUUGUGAGUUUGAGCCAGAGGUCCAAAACUUAGGCGACAGAAUCUUUCAGAUCUUCAUAGCUGAGACUAUGGCUGAAGACAAGGCUGAUGUGAUUGAGUGGAGCACUGGCAACUUGAUUCCAGUUCAUAGGGACUACGCUGUGUUUAUGUCUGACCAACGAGAAAAUUCCAAUAAAGUUACUCUUUCAAUCAAGCUUCAACGACUACCAAUUCAAAGGGCAAAAACCAAUUACUAUAAUGUCAUACUGAAUGGCGUGGAGAUCUUCAAAAUCAGUGAUGAGAGUCAAAACCUUGCAGGAUCCAAUCCUGACCCAAUGCCCCCGCAACCGAAACCAUUCUACCAAUCUUCUAAUAAAUCCUCAAAGAAAACAAUCAUUGUUGCGUUCCUUACGGUCGUAGUUUCAAGCCUCCUGCUAGCAUCUGUUAUUGGAUUAAUCCUUUUCAGGAGAAAGAGGAGUUCUUCUUGUAGGAAGGGAAGCACAAAAAAAGAAGGCGCAUCGUCGUCACUGCCAUCACACCUCUGCCGCUACUUUACAAUCGCAGAGAUCAGGGCUGCCACAAACAACUUCGACGAUGUGUUCAUCGUCGGAGUUGGAGGGUUCGGCAACGUUUACAAGGGCUACAUCGACGACGGUGCAACCCCCGUGGCCAUCAAGCGUCUCAAACCCGGUUCUCAACAAGGAAUCAACGAGUUCCUUAACGAGAUCGAUAUGCUUUCCCAGCUCCGGCACCUUCAUUUGGUGUCCCUCAUUGGUUACUGCAACGACGGCGUAGAGAUGAUCCUUGUCUACGACUUCAUGCAACGUGGCACUCUCCGCGAGUAUCUCUACGGUUCAGACAACAACCCUCUUCCUUGGAAGCAGAGACUCGAGAUCCUAUUGGGCGCAGCAAGAGGGCUGCAUUAUCUCCAUGCAGGUGCGAAGCACAAUAUCAUCCACCGUGACGUCAAGAGCACCAACAUCUUGUUAGAUGAAAAAUGGGUGGCCAAGGUUUCCGACUUUGGAUUAUCUAAAGUGGGACCUACGGGUAUGUCCACAACCCACGUCAGCACCUUUGUGAAGGGUAGCCUUGGGUAUUUAGACCCUGAGUACUACAAGCGUCAACGCUUGACUUUAAAAUCUGACGUGUACUCGUUCGGUGUGGUCCUUCUUGAGGUAUUGUGUGCGAGGCCGCCUUUGAUCCGUAACGUGGACAAGCACAAGGCCAGCUUGGUUGACUGGGUAAGAAAACUGAACGAUCAGGGUAAGCUCGAUCAGACGGUGGAUAUUUUCUUGAAAGGCUCAAUCACGCCAGAGUGUUUGAAAUGGUACGGUCAAUUGGCGAUGAGUUGUUUGCAUGAUGAUGGAAAUCAACGGCCAUCGAUGAAUGAUGUGGUGGGGGCACUCGAGUUUGCAAUGCAGUUGGCCGAAGGCGACAAAGAUAAAAGUUUUGGUGGGGCCCAAGAUAAGGAAAAGGGCGAGGAGAGCCCGUUGAUACCGCAGUUUACGAGUGAUGAAGGGAGUGACGUGCUUUUUACUAGUGAUGAAUCCGGGACCAAGGAUAGUAGGGUCACCACGAUUUCGGGUAGUAGUGAGGAACGUGCUAUGAUUUCUGGUCUGGUCUUCUCUGAAAUUGGAGAUCCAAGAGCAAGAUAAAAUCUACUACAACUUGAUUCAAUAAUAAUGCUGAUGGGAAUUGUCCUUGUUAAAUAUAUACAUAGCUAGGUAAAACGUUGUGUCUGUUAUGACCAUAAGGUAAGUUUGUUAGUUUCCGUUAUAGGUAGCUAAUAAAGGCAGGGUAAUUUUGUUACUUUCUGCUAAAAUCUACUUUUCCUUUACAAAUUUCCUGUGUAAUAUUAUAAAUAUAUAAAGGCUUAAAAAUACUUGGUUGCAAAUGGUCAAGUA